AUGCCUUCCAGAGGCGAGACUAGCCAUGGAAGAGAUGCAGACUUUGCGCUUGAUGAGCUCCUCGCUCUGAUUCAAGACUACCACGACUUCAACCCCGACAUGACCGUCCCGGUCUAUCCCUACCCGACAUCACUACAUUUCAGCCAGCAAAUCUCCCGUGGAAGACCGUGCGUGUAUCAGCUUGACCGAGGAGUGCUCGAAAAUACACUUGGGAAUGAGCAGAUUCCGAAUGGCGCGAGUCAUAACCACGAGACCGACGAUGCAGCGAAGCCGCACCACGCGGGUGUUUCAGUGAACGACCGGAAGAGGGCACAUCUCGAAGAGGAGCAGCGUUCUAUUCUCGGUGCGCCGUGCUUCCGAUGGACUGAAAGGACACUCCGCUCGCUUGUGCAGAGCGAGGUGGAAGUGGCUGUCACGCCAGAUGGUCGGGCUGAUUCGCUGUAUGUACUCCCAAAACGGCGUGCAAGGCAACAAGACACCUCAGUCAUAGGCACGGGAGUGAGCAGCUCUACAGAGGGACCAAGCGAAGGAGAGCACGGCCCACACACGACGCUCGAAGAUGUAGCUGGUCAAGACGACAGCGACGAGGACGACGCACUAGAGCACGUCUUUCUCCAACCUGCCACGACCCGCAUGACGAUUUCCAAGCUGAUCGACGAGCUUUGUCCUCCGGUCUCAUCUUCUCUGUCUGCAGACUGUACGAGAAAAAGGCCAAUCUAUUAUCUCCAAUCGCAGGACUCGAACCUCUCCCGCCCAGAGCUGGCUCCGCUCAGAGCCCAGCUCCCCGCCACGCCACCUCCGUUUGCGUUUCCCGCUCUAGGUGAACCCGACGCCACGAAUAUUUGGAUAGGUAGCGCCCAGAGCGUGACAUCCACGCAUCGAGAUCCCUACGAGAAUCUCUAUCUCGUCGUCAAGGGACGGAAGAAAUUCGUGUUGUACCCUCCCAUCGAGGAGAUCUGCCUGCACGCCACGAUGGUGAGGACCGGACGAUGGGCGUUUGACGAGGAGACGAAGGAAUUUGAGAUCAUCAUGGACACGGACACGGACAUGGACACGGACGGAGAUGCGCCAGACGACGGAGGAGCCAACGGUGAGGAUGGGAAUAAUUCUGCAUCGAAGGCAUAUCCACUCGAUGAUAAUUCGCCCUCGCCCUCGCCCUCAUCAGCUUCCUCCUCGGUAGACGCACACUCCGCCAAAAUCCCCUGGAUCCCCAUCGAUCCGUUCAACCCUCCACCACCUUCAUCAGACACGCACCCGUACUACAAAUACGCGCGGCCCCUGACCGUCACCGUGGAGGAAGGACAAAUUCUCUACCUCCCGGCCGGGUGGUUCCACCACGUAACGCAAGAGUGCGGACAGUGGGAGGACCGGGCCGAAGACGGAAAUGGAAACUUACGAGUAGUGCCCGCGCCGUGUGUUGCCCUGAAUUACUGGUUCGACAUGGACUACUCUGGAGAGAAGCACGUCAUGAGGGAGAUGGUCGGCCGGCUUGUCGAGAAGGUCAGGAGGAAAGAGAAAAGUGGCAAUAUUUGA